GCCAUGGCGUGUGCCGCACGGGUCCGGCCCGCGGGUCGUGGGGUUUCCCCUUCCCCACACUCCAAGGUCGGUGGGCGGUGCGCGGAUUCCAGAGCUUCGUUGUGUGUCUGGUCAAGUAUUCAGGGUUCCUCCCCUCGGUCGGCUCAGCGAAUGAUCACCCAGCGCUGUCUUGUGUGUCAAUAGGAUCGGCCACUGGGGAGACAAAGGCGGCCGGGAGGGCGUGGUGUUGGUUAUCCAACACCCUCGUGUGUGCCACAGGCGCUGAUGUUGCUGCUAUUCGCCACUAACUUUGCUGCCUGGUGAAGGCUACACGGAGGGCCUUUGUCUUUGGUGUGGAGACGGUGGUGACUUUGCAUACGGGGAGUGGUGGUGCAGCGGUUAGCGUACUGCGGUUACCGAACCAGGCGGUUUCUGAGUUGGACUCCCGGCCCGGGACCAAACAUCAUAAUAUCGAAAUGAUAUCCGAACCUGUUCUGGGCCUCUUCUAGGUGGCCUCGGCCGUAAAACAAAGCUACAGCGCGUGAGUGACGAAGGCUACAAAUCAUUAUAGCCUCACAGCCAUGGAUUUGGAGAAAUCCAAGCAACAGCAGCAACAGCAGCAGCAACAACAUCAGCAACAAAUGCUGCUCAACUCUACCGAGUCGUGCGUCCUGGAAUCACUCCGGGGCUUCGUUGGGUUCCACCCAACUCUCCGCCUGCUCCCGGGCCCUCACCGAAUUGUCCUUCGUUGGGAGUCAGUUACCCGGGUCGGGACAAGUCCAGAAAUCGGCCAAGAGGCUGGCCGGAGGACUGGCCAAAAGACCGUUCAAGGAACUAGCCAAUGCAUUGGCCAGGGGGCGAGCCAAGGGAUUGACCAGGAGACUCGCCAAGAGACUGACCAGACGACUAGCCAAGAGACUGGCCAAGUGACUAACCAAGAGACUGGCCAGGGGACUAGCCAAGAGACUGGCCAGGGGACUAGCCAAGAGACUGACCUGGGGACUAGCCAUAAAAAUGGGCGUGUGGCAGUGAUUUCUGGGGGUGGCGCGGGUCACGAGCCAGCCCACGCGGGAUUUGUGGGCGUGGGGAUGCUGAGCGCCGCGGUGUCAGGCCACGUGUUUGCGUCACCUGCUCCGUCGGCUGUGCUGGCGGCGGUGCGGGCGCUGGCACACUCGGGUGCCAUGGGCGUCCUCCUCGUAGUCAAGAACUAUGCAGGCGACCGCCUCAACUUUGGCGUGGCAGCUGAGCGCGCCCGGGCCGAAGGUGUGGAGGUGGAGAUGGUGGUGGUGGCUGAUGACUGUGCCACUCCGGCCAUUCAGAGUGACUCAGAAGACGAAGAUGAUGAUGGUGUUCAUGAUGAUAGCAUUGACACUGACUCGGAACUUGAGACCGAUUCUGAACCUCAUCCUGAGCCCGACGUAAAUUUUGACUCUACUGCCAUCCCUUAUGUCUGUUCCGAACAUGAUCGUGAUCCUAGCGACCGCAGGAGGGGCAACCGCCGAUCACGACGCCUCCAUCGUCGGGGCCUCUGCGGGACGUUGCUGGUGCAUAAAGUGGCCGGAGCAUUGGCCGAGCAGGGCCGACCCCUGAGCGAGGUGGCCCGGGAGGCCCGGGCAGCCGCACGUGCCACGGUGACGCUAGCCGUGGGGCUCUCGUCUUGCCAGGUGCCAGGCCUGGCAUUGCGGAGAUGGUCGACACCGCUGCAGGCCGGGGAGAUGGACCUCGGCGUCGGCAUCCACGGGGAAGCUGGAGCCGAGAGGGUAGCCCUGGCACCCGCGCGAGAUGUGGUGCGGAUUAUGCUGGGGCGCAUGGUUGGGGAUGGUGAUAGUGGUGGUGACAAUGGUGAUGGUGGUUUUGCUGGUGGUGGAAAUGGUAGUGGUACUGUUGGUGGUUAUGUUGGAGUUUGUGCUAGUGGUAUUGGUAAUGUUUGUGGUGUUGAUGGUGUUGGAGACGUUGCUGGUGGUUUCGGAGAUUAUGAUUAUGGUAGGAGUGACGAUAGCACUGGAUAUCAUGGAACUCAACGCAUCAUUGAGUGGGAUAGCGACACCAGUUCUGCCGUUUCUAGAUCAUCUGGAACCGGACUUAGAGUUGCAGGAGAUGCCAAACUCAGCGAUGCCAGUGGAGGCCACGCCGGACCUCCCUCCACCAGGCCCGUCGGCUGCUCGGCACAAGGCCGUUUGCCCCUGCGCCGUGGUGAGCACGUGGCACUCAUGGUCAACAACUUGGGGGGCACCUCUCACCUGGAGCUGGGCGUCAUUGCACGGGAGGCCGCAGAGCAGCUGGGCGUGCGGGGCGUGGUGGUGGAGCGCUCCUAUGUGGGCACCUUUAUGACGGCUCUGGCCAUGGCUGGUGUGUCGCUCACUGUCAUGCGUCUGGACCACGAGGGCAUUAGGCUCCAUUGCUUGGAUGCGGACACUAACGCGCCCUCCUGGCCCAGAGCGUCGUGGACUUCUUCAUCGUUGUUGUCAUUGUCCUCUGCUGGACGGGCUUAUGGGGACACGUGCGGUGGUGGUUAUGGCGGUGGUCAGUAUGUGGUGGAGGAGCUGGAGGAGGGUGAUGCACUGGAUGAGGGUCGUGGGCAGCAGAAAGACCAGGAGAAGGGUCAUCAACAGCAGGAGGGUCGUCGACAGCAGGAUUGUCAACAAAAGGAACAUCAACAGAAGAAGACUGUCUGGGAUUAUCAUCAGGAGGUGGGACACGAGCAGGGGAAGAGUCGUCGAUGGGCGAUCGAGAAGAUGGACGAGGAAGCUGACCAGGGCGACUCGGCGGAUCGACCGGAGCCACCGAGACCAGGCCAUGAAGCCAGGGUUCUACACGGAGGUCAACGUGGAGGUGAGGACGACAGCGACCCCGGAGCUCCGGUGCGAGCUGCGAUGACGGAAGUGUGCGAGGCCCUUCUCGCCCUAGAAUCAGAACUCAACGAUCUCGACAGCGGGUCAGGUGAUGGCGACUGCGGCACGAGCCACGCUCGGGGGGCCCGUGCCUCGCUCCACUGGCUCCGUCACCUCCGGGCCGAUCCCAGGACGGCCUCUGCGACCGUCCCCGGGCACCUCCUCCGCGGUCUCUCGGAGCUCCUCGAGGAGGACAUGGGUGGUACAUCAGGUGCCCUCUACAGCCUCAUGCUGAGUGCGGCGGCCGGUGCCCUGGGGUCAGCACCGCGCCCGUGCCCCGCCGACUGGGCCCGUGCCUUCGCGGCAGCUGUGAGGGCGGUCAGGCGGCAUGGCGGGGCCCGCCCUGGCGACCGCACCAUGCUAGACCCGCUCUGGGCCGCUCACCUGGAGCUGCGCGUCCUUCUAGCGGGGCCUACGGUUGGGAGGCGAGGUUUUCCGAUGGACGGGGCAUGUGGGGCGGAGGCGGCAGAUGCCAAAGAAAGCAGCGGUCAGGAGGAGGAGAAAGAGGAGGUUCAUGUGCUUAAUGCUAUAGAGGUGUUGGCACGGGCGGUGGACAGAGCUACAGCCCAGGCACUCGCUACGGCACAAAUGGGGGCUCGUGCAGGCCGGGCCGGGUGGGCGAGGGCCGGGGAGGCGUGGGGUCGUGUCGAUCCCGGCGCGAGGGCCGUGGAGGUCGCACUUAGGGCAGUGAGUUUCUCACUGCAGGCUCAGGGCCACUGGUGAUGCCUCGGUGACAGUUGUAAAGGGUGGUUUAACCAGUUAACCAUGGUUAACCACGGUUAACCGGUUCGGAGGGUUAACCGGCUAAGGGUUGGGAAUAUCAACUCAAAGCCUACGGCUCACCAAGGGCUCCUUUCCUAUGUUCAGAAAUAUCUACCCUCUGUACUCUUUGGUUCUAUUGGGUAAAGUCACGUAGGUAAAAAAAUAAAAUAACAAAAACUCA